AUGACUGUGGAAAAUAUAUAUAAUGAAGAGUCACGAAAUUCCCCCGAGCAAGAGAUUGCAGAAUUGCAAAGUGAAUGUAAGAAGGCACUAAAAAAUACAUUAAGAAUUGCUGCAGAUGCAAAUGAAAUUUCCUUGCAUAGUGCAACUAAGUUAAAUGAGCAAACAGAACAACUAUACAAGAUUGAGGAUGAAACUGAAAAGAUAAAAGAUAAUCUUGAUAAGACAGAACGUGCAAUAAAUUCCUUAAAAAAUCCCUUUUUGUUUUGGUUUAAAGGUUUAUUUCGACAAAAUGAAUCGAAAAGUAUAAAGCCAGCUCCCAUUUCUAAUUUUCAAAAGGAUAAAAAUACUCAUAAUAAAGAAACGUGUCAUGUAAUCUCUGAUUUUCCAAAAGAGCGCAAGUUAUAUUGUAAAGAUCUUGACGAUCGUCAUGAAUUUAACAAUGAAAUUGACGAAGGGUUAGAACAAAUCGGCGAUAUGUUAAAAGAAAUGCACAACAGAGCAAUAAGUAUGAAUACUGCAUUGAAAAAUCAGGGAGGAAUACUGAAUAAUAUAGAUGCAAACAUCUACAGUAACAACUCAAGAAUGAAAGAUCAAAGAACAGAGUUGGGGAAAUUUAUUAGAAAAUAA